ACUGAAAAUAUGAAAGACUCUAAAAUAAGUUAAAUAACCCUAAUUCGUUCCGUCGAACACCAUCUCUCUUCACGACUCAGGAAGGAUUAGAGUCUCAUCAGUACCCUUAAAACUAUGGCUCCCAAAAGAGGUGUAAAGGCCCCAGUGGCAUCAAAGAAAAAGACUGAAAAGGUAGUAAAUCCUUUAUUUGAGAAAAGGCCAAAACAGUUCGGCAUAGGUGGUGCAUUACCUCCAAAAAAGGAUUUGCAUAGAUUCGUGAAAUGGCCAAAGGUUGUUCGUAUUCAACGCCAGAGGAGGAUUCUUAAACAACGUUUGAAGGUUCCACCUGCAUUGAACCAGUUCACCAAAACCCUAGACAAAAACCUCGCUACAAACCUUUUCAAAAUGUUGCUCAAAUACCGUCCAGAAGACAAGGCUGCAAAGAAGGAAAGGCUACUGAAAAGAGCUCAGGCCGAAACAGAGGGAAAGACUGUUGAGGCAAAGAAGCCAAUUGUGGUGAAAUAUGGGCUUAACCACAUCACUUACCUUAUUGAGCAGAACAAGGCCCAGUUGGUUGUCAUUGCUCAUGAUGUGGAUCCUAUUGAGCUUGUUGUCUGGCUACCUGCUUUGUGCCGAAAAAUGGAGAUCCCAUAUGCUAUUGUGAAGGGCAAGGCUCGUCUUGGAGCGAUUGUCCAUAAGAAAACAGCCAGUGCUUUGUGCCUAACAUCAGUUAAGAACGAGGACAAGAUGGACUUCAGCAAGAUUGUAGAGGCAGUUAAGGCUAACUUCAACGAUAAGUUUGAUGAACACCGGAAGAAAUGGGGAGGUGGAAUUAUGGGAUCCAAGUCACAGGCCAAGACCAAGGCAAAGGAAAGAGUGCUAGCUAAAGAAGCAGCUCAAAGGCUUAACUAAGAUUUAGCCGUGAGAAAACUAAAAAUUGUAAACUUCGUUAUACAAAGUUCUUGAGUUCCCAACUCAUUAGCCUUUUGUUGUGUUAAAGGAGAGAAAUUUUGUUUUGGUUUUCUGCUGAAGUUUUGGCAUUAGUAACAAUCUUUUUUUUCUUAGAUUAUUUUGACACCCACCA